AGUUCGUUGUAUAUGCGAGUGUCGUGCGGUAGCUAGGGGGAUGUGUUCGUGAAAAUGGAACACGGGGUGGGAGACAUCAAUCUUAUUAUGUCAAGAUUCUUGCUCCUGAUAUUUCUAAUUUUUGUGUAUGGCGGCGACGGGACGAACGCGCAGGACAAGUUCUACUUCUCGAAGAACCCGCGCGACGCCAGCGUGGCCGAGGGCCGCCCCGCCACGCUGCGCUGCGAGGUGUCCAGCGGCUCCGGCAUCGAGUACUACUGGGCGCUGAACGGCGAGCCGGUGCCCAACACGACGAGGCGCCACCAGGUCGGGCCCGACCUCGUCAUCACGCGAGCCGACCGCGCGCGCGACUCGGGCGAGUUCGCGUGCAUCGCGCGCAACGCCAGCACGGGCUUCUCGCUCACCAGCCUGGCGGCGUCGCUGGACGUCCAGUGUGAGUAUCUCUCCAUCUCUCCAUCUCUCCGUCUCUCUGUUUCUCUAUGCGCGCAACCAGUGCCGUGCACAGCCUUAAAAAGUGGGGGGUGAGGUUAUAAAAUUUCGCCGCCCCCCCCCCCCCCCCUCAACACCGUCAUUAUUAGGCGAUUGAAGGAAAAAAAAAUCAAUAAUAGACAAAAAGUUUUAUUUUUAAUAGCAAUACUUCAGUAAUUUGACCAUGUUGUUUGGUGUAAAUUUUAAACAUACACGUGUUGACAAUUUUCCAAUUUCUCCUAUUGAAAAAGUAAGUUUUAAAUAUAUUUUACAACGUUUAACCCUUUUUAAAUAGUGCUAAUAGUCCCAAAAGCAGAAAUAGUAUACUUUUAGCAUAUAAUAAUAUUCUUCAAGAAAAUUAAUUUAUUUUGAACGAAUCCAACUUAACAUUCUUCACUGUACUUAUUUUAAAAUCUUACAAUGAAAAUAUUUUAUGGAUCAUACCACAAAAUAAGAUAUAAAUAAAAAUUUCUUUUUGCAGAAGAACUGUAUACGUAAACUGAGAAAUUUUUUCAGUGCAGGCGACGUGCCUUAAUAGCGGCAAAUUGCUCUAUAACUGUAUCAAAAGAUAGGUUGCGAGCAAUGUCACUUUCUAUUGAGAGUAUUGCCAGUCCAGAUAACCGUCCUUGGGCAAUGGUGGAUCGCAAGUAGUUUUUGAUGAGUUUCAGCUUGCUGAAACUUCUUUCGCAUGAGGCUAUUGAAACUGGAAUAGUCAAUAACAAUUUAUAUGCCGUAAAGGAUUCUGUGAAAGCUUCCUGCAAGUCAUUGUUUACAAUUAUUUGAAUUACAUCUUUGGGUUUAGAUUUUGGUGGAAGUUUGUCAGCCAGGAUGUUUCUUUAAGAAAGAAGCUCGGAAUGGAGGCCACUGUCCAAGUCCCACUCGUAAUGUCUCGUCAGCUGUUCACAGGAUUUCUGUAAAUCAUUGCUACUUAGUUUCAUGAGUCGGCAGGGAUACAUGAAUGAAAACAUGUUUGCUACGUCUCUAAGGCCUUCAAAUCUUUCGGAAAGGCUUGCAAUGAUCCUGUCCAACAUUCUGUUGUAGAUAUUAACUUCGAAAGCUUUAUUCUUGUCUGUAAUUGGCUCAUCUUUAGUUAACUCAUCCGAAAAUGAUACCUUUCUUCUUUGUCGUUUUUCGGAGAGUUGCACGGAUACUCCCAAUUUACUUGCAAGUUGUAUGGCUUCAUCCAUGAAACUGCUGAACUCAUUUGCUCUCAUAUUAUGUAUAUUCUUGGUCGAAGACUGGAGAAGAUCAGCUGCAGUCAAAAUAUCACAAUCUGCCUUUAGCAAGUAUUUGCUUGUUAUAUUCAGCAACAUUAGUAUGUUUUCCCAUAUAACAAGCAUCACAAUGAAAUCAAAUUUUGAUAUAUGACUCAAAAUACCAUCACAGUCACAUUUCUCACUGCCAUCUCUACUUUCUGACAUGAUGCACUUGAGAACAUCAAUGAUUUUCGGCAGGGAUUUUCGGAGAUUGCGAAUUGGAGAAAGUCGGCCUUCCCAACGUGUGGUGCAGACUUGCGCUGUUGUUGUAAGUGAGAGUUGCCUGUAUGGUGAAUUACGUAUGUGACGACGUAGAGAGACGUAAUUAAUAUUAGUAUUUGUUCUGUUGAGAUGAGGUGGUUGUUGACUUUUAGUGCUUACAAUGAUUACUUUAUCAGCUAUUACAUUAAAUUAAACAGUUUUACAAAACUAAUUAAUUAUCAAA